CCCAGCCCGAGCCCGAGCCUCCGGCUGAACCCGAGCCCAUGACUCCCGCCGAGCAGAAUGUCACUUGGCUGAUCUCACUCGGGGUGCUGGACUCCCCGAAGAAGACGCCGUCCGACCCGGAGGAGUUCCUGAGGAACGCGCUGAAGGACGGGCUGCUGCUGUGCCGGCUGCUCGAGCGCCUGGUGCCCGGCUCCGUGGACAAGGUUUGUGCUGAGCCCCGCACCGACAACGACAGCUGCAACAAUAUCCGCGAGUUCCUGCGCGGCCUCAGCGCGCUGCAGAUCGAGCAAACUUUCGAUGUCUAUGACCUGUACAAAGGACAGAACUUCAACAAAGUUUUGACCACCCUCUCAGCACUUAACAAGGCAACUGAAGAACGAGGGAGUGGAAGAACAUGCUCCUCUUUCUCAUUCAAUCACAGUAACUCCGCUAACUCCUCGAGCAGCACACAGGCACCAGCUACAAAGGCAGCCAGGACUCUGCGGAGGCAGUCCAAGAACCUGGACAUGACUGAAAAUGGGAGCCAUCAGCUGGUGGUGAAAGCGAAGUUCAACUUCAAGCAGAAUAACGAGGACGAGCUCUCAUUCUCGAAGGGAGACAUUCUGUAUGUCACUCGGGUGGAAGAUGGAGGAUGGUGGGAAGGCUCAUUCAAGGGCAGGUCAGGGUGGUUCCCCAGCAACUAUGUACGGGAGAUAAAACCCAGUGAUAAGCCACUUUCGCCCAAGUCCCUCAAAGGAUUUGAGACACCCUCUGUUACCAAGAAUUAUUACGGUUUGGUUAUCCAGAAUAUUUUGGACAAUGAACGUGAUUAUGCGAAGGAGCUGCAGGUUCUGCUCAGCACGUACUUGCGAUCACUGCAGGCUAAUGACAAGUUAUCUGCAGCAGACAUUAUGGCAUUGAAAGGGAAUCUGGAAGAAAUCUGCUCGUUUCAGCAAAGCCUUUGCCAGACUCUGGAAGAAUGUGCAAAGUUGCCCGAAUCUCAGCAGAAAGUUGGUGGCUGCUUCCUGAAUCACAUGCCUCAGAUGAAGUCGCUGUACCUCACAUACUGUGCCAACCACCCGUCAGCUGUGAGUGUACUCACAGAGCACAGUGAGGAGUUGGACAAGUUGAUGGAGAGCCAAGGAGCCAGCAGUCCAGGCAUCCUGAUGCUAACAACGAGUCUGAGCAAACCCUUCAUGCGACUGGACAAGUACCCGGCUCUGUUGCAGGAACUGGAGCGGCACAUGGAGGAAUCACAUCCUGAUUAUCCCGAUAUUUUAAAAGCAAUGGCAUCAUUCAAAAGUCUGGUGAGCCAGAGCCAGGAACUGCGGAAGAGGAAGCAGCUCGAGUUGCAGAUCCUUUCCGAGCAGAUCCAGGGCUGGGAGGGCGAAGACAUCAAGUCCCUUGGAAACGUCAUCUACAUGUCCCAGGUCUUGGUGCAGUGUGGCGCAAGUGAAGAGAAGGACGAGAGAUACUUCAUGCUGUUUCCCUCUGUGCUACUGAUGCUGUCUGCAAGCCCUCGCAUGAGUAGCUUCAUCUACCAGGGGAAAUUGCCAUUGACAGGAAUGACUGUAACAAAACUUGAGGAGAAUGAAAGCUUCCAUCACGCCUUUGAAAUUACAGGUAGUAUGAUAGAACGGAUCCAGGUAUCCUGCAGCAGUGCCCAGGAGCAGCAGGAGUGGGUGGACAGCCUUCUGAUGCUCACCAAAGGCACCGUCCCUGGGACCUCGGCUACCAAAUCUCUGCCUGUAUCAUCUCAAUCGCAGCACGGGGAGAGUAAGCAGCCUCCAGCCACUCCAUCACAUCAACCCCUGGCUUAUUCACCGCCACAAUCUUACAGCAGUGGUACACAAAGCAGAGGCCCCCUGGAGCCACCCAAAAUGCCCAGGCCAUGGACCCUGAGCUGCCUGAGACCUGCACCUCCACUCAGACCUUCAGCUGCCUUAGGCUGCAAGGAGAGGAUGUCUUAUAUUUUAAAGGACUCCAGCAAGAGCCCCAAGGCAGUGAAAAAGUUCCUCAGCAAACGGAAGACAGAACGCAAAACUUCAGACGAUGAAUAUAUUUUGCGUAAAAGUACAGCAGCCCUGGAGGAAGAUGCACAGAUCCUUAAAGUCAUCGAGGCUUAUUGCACCAGUGCGAACCUUCAACAGGCUCAUAGCUCAGUCUGUCGGAAAGACUCAGCGCCACAGGUUCUGCUCCCAGAGGAGGAGAAGAUCAUCGUGGAAGAGACAAAGAGUAAUGGGCAAACUGUAAUCGAAGAGAAGAGUCUCGUGGACACAGUUUACGCGUUGAAGGAUGAAGUUCAGGAGCUGAAGCAGGAAAAUAAACGGAUGAAGCAAUGUCUAGAGGAGGAACAGAAAUCCCGGAAAGAAUUGGAAAAAAUGAUCCGCAAAGUGCUGAAGCAAUUGAACGAGUCAGCAUGGGAUGAGAGCAGUCAUUAAAACUGCCUGCCUGCCUGCAUCUCAACACAGGCUCAAGCAAACAGCAAUGCAGUGCAGAGCUGGCUGCUAAGUCAUGGAGGAGCCUUGGUUCACUGACUGUGAAUUUCUGUGGAUGGGCAGGUGACUGAAGAGUUGAAAUCUGACAAGGAAUUGCACAGGUCUGGGGAGCUCCAUCUCCAGUACUCGGAUUGGUUACCAGCCUGCGCCUGACAAUGCCUGCAAAAUGUCCCAAGCUGCUGAGAAGUAGCCUCCCGUGCCAUCAGGUUAGGACUGUAACUCACUCUCAGAGUUCCUGAAGUUGAAAGACUCCUUCAAGGUGUUGCAGUGGGACUGCACCCGCCGAUACCUUCUCCUGCCCAAGUUACUGGGUGUUAAGCUGUGCACUCACAAAUCCAGGGAUAUCGCAGAUUCUAGGCUCUGGCUGGUUUAUUUAUGUUUUCCUGUGUUAGGUCACAUCCUGUUGUCACGUCCCCUCCUCUCCCCACAAUCAGUUUACGUUGAUGCAGUGCAGAAGCGUUAUCCAGCAGGGGCCUCAAUAAUGACUUGCCUCUAAUGCCUGAGUAGCUCUUGCCUACGUACAGUGGUGUACAUAGUCAAGCUCUUUUUAAAGUGGUCGUAGCUUCGCGCAUUCCUGUAUAUUACAGGAUUAUCUUUAAUAAUGUGUAAAGGUUCCAGGCAGCUCGUGUUCCCUCUCCCUACCAUGGUGUGGAGUGCUUGCCCAUUGACGGACAGACUGUAGGAGUUACCUGUGCAGGCACAAUCAUAGUUUCCAGUUGCUGAGGUGAAGGCGGGAUUGAACACAGGAAGUAUCAGGAGGAUUUGGGAAUAACCAGGGGAUAAUGACCCUGUAGUUCUGGGCAGUGUUCACAUCACUGGCUGAAGAUGGGCUUCAGUCACACUCUACUUUGGUUACAGUUCCUGUGUGCUCGCAGAGGCCGUCCCUUCCACUUUACUGUGAAGUGGAGUUUCAACCUCAUAUCCGUUACAUUUGGUACAAAGACCAAUCAUUUCACACCAGCACUGAGCAUGGAACUGUGAGCAGCCUGUGCUUUGAGUCUGGCUGUGAAUUCAUCCACACUUGUGGACCGUUAAGCUAGCAGGGCUCAUAUUAACCUGGGAACCCGCUGCUGUGUCUAUAGCGAGUGCCUGUGCUUGUGGAGAUCCUUUGUUAGCGCACACAUUCGUGCACACACACUCAGGUGUGUACACAAUCACAUGUACACACCCACUCACAUAUGAACAUGCACUCACAUUCAUGCACACCCAUGCACACAAUCACACAGAUGCACACACACGGGAUUCCUUUUCUAAAAAGCUUCUUUUUAUACUGCUGAAGCCAUCCAUCCCCUCAGCUCUACCUGUAAAUAAAUAGCUCUUUAAUUUUGGCAGGAUCUCACAGCACCACACGAUUCUAUAAAAUUCUUGUACUGUUGACUGAAUUUUUUUUGCUGUUAGCUUCGAUACAAUUAAAUUGAUUUUCUGAAUGGGUUGUGUGUGUUUAUAUUCAUGAUAUAUUGAAAUUGUGCUACUAAUCAAACAUCUAUUAAUGAAACUGCUGCAUUAUUUCCACUUUUCUCGGAUCUCAGUGUGUUGUACAUUAGGUGAUGGGGGGAAGGUGAUUCCUAGCAAUAAAACCUUUUCUAGCUCAUGUGGGCAAUGAU